CUUAGUGACAGCACUUCGGCGCGACCGUCGUGUGUGAGUCAUGAACGGGGACCGUUUGUACGCACCAUCUGUCCACCUAAACAAAGACUUUUGGCAAAUUGAUCGAUUGGAACUGAUUGAAGAUGAUGUUGAGGUCUUUGCACCGAAGAUGCCUCGGGAGAGUCCAGAUCUUCAUGUGCCAGAUUCGCCAGAUCUUCGUGGUGUAGCCUCUCUUCCUGCGGAUGAGGCGCGUGAAGCGCGGGUGUUGCUUUCUUCGGCCUUUCAAGCUGUGGUGGAAAAGUUGGUGCACCUGCAUGUCAAGGAACUUGCCGAGUUCUCGCGGGGCCCCAAGCUGGAACACGGAGGCACCCACAGCGUUCCUGGCAUCAACCAUGUCUCAUUUGAGGACCCUGGUCAGUUGCAACCAGACGAAAGUUUGCAAAGCUUGAUGAGCUUGAAGGGUCCGACUCCUUCACCCUUGGCUGCCAUGGCCGCGCAGCGUUCAGCCAUGAGGUCGACAAGGUCGAUGCGCAGCUCUAGGUCGAUGCACAGUUCCGUGUCGCGCAUCUCCUCCAUUGGCAACUCCUCGAUGUCAUCGGCCUUCUCGGGUCGGGGAUCGAUCAGGGAGGUUAAGGCCAAUGAGGUCUUGGAAAAGCUGCAGGAGCAUGACCAUUCGUCUGCUGUGGAAGAUACCUUCGCGAACCACAUCCAAGAUGUGAUUGCCCAAAUGAAAGAGGACGAAAUGAAGUCCGUUGCAGAGAAACAUUCAUCCGACAAUGAUCUCGCGGGGUGGAGGUAUCUGCAGCAACUCCGCGCGUGGUUGCAAUCAAGCCGUUUUGAAGUUCUGGUGACUUCCCUCCUUUGCGUCCAUGUCCUUUGGAUGGCCUUGGAGUUGCAAUUUUUUGGCUCUCUUACAGGCAAGCGUCUAGGCAUAUAUGCAGACAGUAUGGUGUCCGAGGAGUCCUGGCCAGCCAUUGAGCAGAUCUUCUGGAUAGGUGACAUGGGUUUCACAGCUGUUUUCACAUUUGAUGUGGCAUUUCGGAUCCUGGUGUUGCAGCGGAAAUUCUGGAGGGUGUGCAUGAACUACGUGGACGUCUUGGUGACUUUUGCUUCUUUGGUGGAAGUGGCCUUUGUUGCUUUGGUUCUGCCCAUGGAGCCGACUCUGUUUCGCUUACUGCGGAUCGGCAAACUGGCACGUGCCCUUCGUAUGGUGACAAUGACCAGUGUCCUAUCUUCACUUCAAUUAUUGAUCAAGUGUCUCUCCGCCAGCUUGGAUAUGUUGUUCUGGACGUUUUGUCUCUUGACAUUCUUACAAUGCGUUGCUGGAAUGGUGGUCAGCACACUAUGCCGUGAGUACAUCACCAAUCCCGAGGAGGACCAAAUCAAGCGCGAACAGGUGUACAGUUACUACGGGACAUUCUCGAGAACUUUUUUGACCAUGUUCGAGAUACUUUUUGCAAAUUGGAGUCCUCCUUGCCGGGUCCUGGUUGACAAUGUGAGCGAAUGGUUUUCCAUUUUCUUCCUGGUUUACCGCUGCAUUAUUGGCUUUGCUGUGCUGAAUGUGGUCAAUGCAGUUUUUGUGCAACAAACUAUGAAAACUGCGAGCUCUGAUGAAGAUUUGGCAUUCAAGCAGAAAGAGCGAGAUAUCAACGCGUACAAGCGAAAGGUUCGCAAGCUGUUUCAGACGAUGGAUGAUUCGUGUGACGGAGCCAUAAAUCUUGAAGAGUUCUCCAAAUUAGUGACAUCUCCAAAGUUGAAGUUUUGGAUGAGUCAGUUGGAGUUGGAGUACCACGACCUUUUGAGCCUCUUCGAGUUUCUGGACAAUGGAGAUGGCCAGAUCACUUUGACUGAGUUCAUUGAAGGCUCUUCAAGAUUGAAGGGUCAUGCGAAAGCACUCGAUGUGUUUCGCUUGGAGACAAAGAUUGAGGUUUUAUUCGAGGAGAUUUUGCAGAAGAUGCACAAUGGUGCAGAUGCUUCCUCUUAUGUACAGCGCGUGUUUGCCUCGUCCAACUACAAGCAGAUGAAAGCAAACCUGGAGCGUGAUCGAGAGCAGUAGCCACCAGCCCCAGAAUGGUGUGUGUAGCCACCCGGUGUUUCCGUGGCCCAUGAUCGGAUGAACUGUUGCCGCGCUUGGAUGUGGAAAUGGC